AUGAAGAGGAGGAACAUAUGGAACUGGAAUUUGAGCAAGGGUAAAAAUCACCUGAUUGUCUCUCUCCCCAAGGAUAACGAGAGCUCAGCGCCCACCUUGAACGUGGCUUCAUCUACUGGAAGCUCUGGAGUGCACCCCUCUUGGAAGCAUGGCCUACCAAGCGUUCAGCACUUUCCUCACAGCACAGGGAUGCUGGGGCCCCCCUUGGUGUCUGUGGAGGUGCCGGGGCACAAUGUGGAUGAAGAGGGGCCCCCGUUUAGCAUGGUACUGCCUGAGCAUGGUGUGAGCUACUGCCCCCAAGCGAGUCUCCCUCCUUCCCCGGUGAUUUACAGUCAAGGAGUGUCUCCCCCUCAGCAAGAGACAACGAUGUUCAAUGAGCCUCAGAUAAUGCCUACAGUUGAGCCCAAUAUUCCAGGAGUGGCUGGAGCCUUCAGUGGCAAUCUAAGCAUGCACCCCAGUGGGCUGCCAGUCUCGGCUUCCACUGGAAUCCCAAUGAUGUCCCAUGCUGGGGGCCCUACCAUGCCUUACCCUGGCCUCUUGACAGCACCUUCUGAUGAAACAGCAUUGGCCUCAACCAUGCCUCCCACGGAGGCCCAGGCGGUGCUCCUCUCUGUGGCUCAGAUGUUGCCCCGACAAGACACCCAUGACCUUGGGAUGCCCCCAGCUGAGUCCCAGUCACUCCUGGGUUUAGGAUCUCAGAACUCUCUUGUGAGUCAGCCAGACUCCCAAGAAGGCCCAUUCCUACCGAAUCAGCCCACACCUGCUCCACAGGCAACAGAGCAGGACUCCAGGCCUCAGGAAAGGACUGGGAGAGGGGAAUCCUCAGAGGCCAGGCCUUACCGCUGCAACUACGAAAACUGUGGAAAAGCUUAUACCAAACGCUCCCACCUCGUGAGCCACCAGCGCAAGCACACAGGUGAGAGGCCCUAUUCGUGCCAAUGGGAAGGUUGUCAGUGGUCUUUCUUCCGUUCUGACGAGCUUAGACGACAUUUUCGGGUACACACCAGAUAUCGACCAUAUAAAUGUGAUCAGUGCAACAGAGAGUUCAUGCGAUCCGACCAUCUUAGGCAACACCAGAAGACUCAUCGGCUGGGACCCUCAGACCCACAAGCCAACAAUGGGGAGCAUGACGGUGCUCCUGCUCCUGGUCCUUAG